AUGGCCAUGGACCCUUUCACUCAGCAGCUGCUCUCGUAUCCCACGAGGAAUGUUUACGCAGAGGGUGCAACAUUCCCAGCUGCCGACAGGUACGAUGCGAACAAUUAUAAAGGGGGGCUCGAGGAUACUGACCUAUUGCUCGAUCAAGGAGUCCAAGGGGCGGUUUUGAGCGGGAUCUUCAAUCUGGAUUUCCCUGUUCAGCUUGGCUGUGUCUCAGGAACCUGCACAUGGCCCAGAUUCGUCACACUGGGCGUCACUAGCAGCUGUAAAAACGUGACGAACGGCACCAAAGUGAGCGGUUACGAUAACAUCUACGAUUACACAUCGCCUUCGGGAAUCCACAUGACGACUACUUUUCUGCACAACUCCUCUUCACAGAUUGACCACCUGCGGAACCUUAGUUCCCCAACCGACUCAAUCAUGAAGGUGGCCAUUGCCAACAUCAAGAGCCCCUUUAGCAGAUCGCAGCCGGAUGUAUCGGAGUGCGAGGUUAAAUGGUGCGCCAAAAUCUUCAACAACGUAACGGUCACGAACGGUACCCUCUCCGCCGGUCAUGUCCGCGAGAUUCCCCUUCGCUUCGCCGAGCUCAACACAACAGACGAAAAACACCCAGUGGUCCGGUUCAAGGCAAUAACAGACGAAUUGCAACUGGCGAGCAGGACAUUCGAGAUCAACACUACUGACUGGUUACUCACUGUGGCAUUCCUCGCCAGCCUCUUUUCUUCCAUCGCCACCGACAACAUAAAUUCCAACGUCCAGACUGUCAUCGACGUUUCUCCAAAUGUGGCGGAAAUGCUAGCCAACAUCAGCACCAGCAUGACAUAUGCGAUCGGCAACAAUCCGAGUGGGUCAAAGGUCGCCGGGAAGGUCAUCAUCCAGGAGCAAUUCAUCCGAGUAUCUUGGUACUGGAUCAUUCUACCUGUGGCCGAGAUCUUGAUGGGCCUGGCAUUUUUGGGAGCCACCAUCCUGUACACCCAACGGAAAGGUGUUACGAUCUGGAAAUCUUCACCAGUGUUCCCCUUCUUCACUAGGUUAGAGGGUUGGGAGGACUCGAGCUUGAGUGUUGCGUCUCUGAAGGAAAUUGAGACGCGAUCGGGAAAAAUGUGGGGCAUCUUACGACCAGGCGAUGGGGGCACUGUCUCUUUCUCUCGCUCUGAUGUGUAA